AUGGCUUUUCGGCGGAAUACGAAAGCUCACAACUACGAGGAUCCAAAUUGUAGGGGUGAGGGAGCAGCGGAUCUGAAUGUUCCCCCUGUAGUUCCUGGAAGGGUGGUGUUGCUAGCUGAGGCAUUGCAAGUAUUGCUGGAUAAUGCGAAUGGAGCCGGUGGAGCUCAGGUGCAGCAGCCUAGCCGGGGACAAAUUUCGCAAGAGGAGGUUCAGUUUAUCAGGGAUUUCAAACGCUUUGGGCCACCCGUUUUCAACGGGGUGAGUGAGAGACCUACUGCGGCCGAGGAAUGGGUCAGGGAGUUGGAAGCCCUUUAUGUGUAUCUGGGAUGCUCCGACGAUUUCAAGGUCCGGGGAGCAGUGUUUAUGCUUCAGGGAGAAGCAGUAAAUUGGUGGGAGUCGGUGGCGGCAGCGGAGGAUCACGCCAACGUACCCGUCACAUGGGCAAGAUUUAAGGACCUACUCUAUGAGUACUAUUUCCCCGUGACUGUCAGGAAUGAAAAACGGGCAGAGUUUCUCCGUCUCACUCAAGAAAGCCUAAUUGUGGCCCAAUAUGAGAGGAAGUUCACUGAGCUGUCCCGUUUUGGAAUGCAGUAUAUUCCUACUGAGCAAUUAAAGAUUGACAAGUUCAUUGACGGUUUGCGUAGGGAGAUCAAGGGGCUACUUGUUCUCAAGGAACCAACUACAUAUGCAGCGGCAGUCAGGUGUGCGUUGGUUAUGGACAAAUGUCUCGAGGAGCCCCAGUCUCAGCAGGUGAUAGGCUCCAGCUCGGGGGUCAAGAGAAAAUUUGCAUCGUUCUCCUCCAGUCAACCCUCAAGAGGACACCAGCAUAAUGGGCAAAGGCAGACUACUCCUCCGGCGUGCCCCUCUUGUAAGAAGAACCAUGCUGGGCCAUGUUGGGUGGGAAAAAGAAUAUGUUACAGGUGUCAGAAGGAAGGACAUUUCGCAAGGGAGUGUCUGAUGACCGGCUCGAAUACCCAAGCUUUAGGCCAGAGGAUCCCUGCGACGGCGACAACUCAAGGGACUGUUUUAGUGCUUAGAUCUGUGUUGGUCACUAGUCAAGUGGUGAAAGGAGGUCAGCUCUCUUUCGAUGGUCAGGCCUUGAAGGUGACAUUAAUCCAACUGGAUAUGCAGGAUUUCGAUGUGAUACUAGGCAUGGAUUGGUUAGCUGCCAAUCGGGCUAAUAUUGAUUGCUCGAAGAAGGAAGUUAGCUUUCGCCUGCCCUCCGGACAAAACUUUACCUUUAAAGGAAUCAAGGUCGGGGUCCCGAGGGUGGUGUCGGCAUUGAAGGCCAGCCAUCUUCUCCAGCGUGGUGUCUGGGCCUAUUUGGCUAGCGUUCUGGAUGCAACGAAGGUUGUGCCGAGCAUUGAGGCGGUUCGUGUGGUUAAUGAGUUCACUGACGUGUUCCCUGAGGACCUCCUCGGCUUGCCUCCGUCUCGCGAAGUGGACUUGCAUAUAGAGUUGCUGCCAGGGACGACUCUCAUCUCGAAAGCACUUUAUUGA